CAUUUUUUAUCCAUCUUUAGAAUUGAAUAUUAUAAUGAAUGCUCACUACAGCUAAUGGAAGUUAUAAGAACAAUGAAUACAUGAUUUCACUUCUCAACAUAAAGAACAAAUGAAAGCUAGAAAGUCAAGAAGACGAUGAUGAGGUUCUAAUGGAGGACAAGAAAGCAAAUAUAACAGCAGUUCUAAUAAUCAUAGGCCUCAUCAUUUUCAUCAUCGUUGCUCGUUUAUCAUUGAAACUUUCCAAGGCUUUCUUCCUUAUUGUAGGGGCAGAUAUCGCAGUAAUCCUUGCGGUAUUUGUAUGCCUUGUGAUUAGAGGGCGUUAUAAUCACAGACGGAAAUUGUUAGAGAAAAAACUGGUAUCUGAAGGUCGAGAGCUUCGAAUUGAGUACAGUUUUCUUCGAAAAGUUGCUGGUGUUCCAAUCAAGUUUAGGCUUAAAGAGCUUGAGGAUGCAACAGAUAAUUUUCAGGCACUGCUAGGCCAAGGUGCGUCGGCUUCGGUAUUCAAAGGUAUCCUUAGUGACGGCACCGCUGUUGCAGUGAAGCGAAUCAAUGGGGAGGAGCACGGGGAAAAGGAGUUUAGAUCGGAAGUUGCAGCUAUUGCUAGUGUGCAACAUGUGAACCUUGUGCGUCUUCUAGGGUAUUGUUGUCUUCCUAGAGGGCCUAGGUUCCUUGUUUAUGAGUUCAUCCCAAAUGGUUCAUUGAAUCAUUGGAUCUUCCCCGGAAAGGGAACGAAAAACCGACCCGAAGGUUGCUUGUCAUGGGAUUUAAGAUAUAAGGUUGCCAUUGAUGUGGCUAAGGCACUUUCUUACCUACAUCAUGAUUGCCGGUCAAGAAUAUUACACCUCGAUCUCAAGCCAGAAAAUAUACUUCUCGACGAGAAUUAUAGGGCGAUCGUAGCGGAUUUCGGUCUUUCGAAGUUGAUGGGAAAAGAUGAGAGCCGGGUUAUUACCACAAUCAGGGGUACUAAAGGUUAUUUGGCCCCGGAAUGGCUCUUGGAACAUGGUGUUUCGGAGAAAUGUGAUAUUUAUAGCUAUGGGAUGGUUCUUCUGGAGAUGAUUGGAGGCCAAAGGAAUGUAACUCUGAUUGAAAAUGGCAGUGAUAAAUCUCAAAGGAAAUGGCAGUAUUUUCCUAAGAUUGCAAGGGACAAACUUGGAGAAGGGAAGGUAAUAGAAGUUGUUGAUCAUAGGCUAGUUGAAGUGGGAGCCAUUGAUGAGAGGCAAGUGAAAAGAGUGGUUCACGUAGCACUGUGGUGCAUACAAGAGCGUGCAAAACUGAGGCCAACCAUGGCACAAGUGGUUGAGAUGCUUGAAGGGCGUGUGCCGGUAGAGGAACCACCGGAUCCGCAAAUGAUCAUGGUCAAUUUUUUAUCGAUGGACGAAGAGGAGUCCGAUUGUCAUUUCAGGCCAAAAAUUGCUGCAAUGGGAUCAAAUGUUAACGGCUGCAACAUUCCUUGCUCAUCUUCAUCCUCAUUUGCAAUGUCCAUGCUAUCGGGACGGUAGUUACUUCUUCCUAUUACAGGGAUUCGAGGUUCAACGCAAUAUAUAUAAAAAUUUUCAUAUAUUUAGAGUAUCAUAACUUACCUCUGAAUAAUUACUUCAAAUAGAAUUCUCCAAAGA